AUGUUGCGCAACAGGCCCUCCAACGUCCUCCAGAAGACAUACGAUGACAGUUACCUCAGCUGCUCGACCGCUAUAUACUAUGAGAGCCAGGGAGACGAGCUCGAGGCCAUGCGCCACUGGAGAAACGCCCUCGAACAUAUCCACGAGAGCCGUGUCACAAUUUCUGCUUCUCGACGUGGGUCUCAGACAGACACUGAGAAGGCCCUCGUGGGUGCCAUCAAAGAGCUAGAACUACAGUGCAAAGAACGAAUAGACCUCUUGGAGGCCCUGCGUGUUUCGCGACAAGAAGUACAAGUCACAACAUCCGGUGAAAAACGCUCACCGCGACCUACCUUAAACGAUUCAACAAGCUCAAUCAAAGGAUCUAUUGGUCAAGGCACUAUUCCCGCUGCUGCGUGGCCCGACCUUUCGCGGCCGCCGUUACCGCAUCGUCCUUCUCUUCCGGCACGAAUGUCUUCUGAGAAUGCGGUCGUUGGCGGCGGUAGCGGCGGCGGCGUCGUCGCUACCGAAUCCCCUUCGUCUGCGAGCUCCCCGCAUCAGUGGUCAGACUCCAGGUUGCCAUCCAAGGACGACCAGGCAGUUCGUUCUUCGAGCCCUGAGAAGCAUACCAUGAGAACCACACUUCGCUCUGCUGAGGGCCCAAGCAAAGCCGCUACGCUGGCAUGGAGUUCUCUUGGCCCUCGAGAUCGGUUGCGCAAAGCACACUCCUCCGACAGCGGCCCUUCGGCUUCAACAUCGUGCCCCCCAUCAAGCGCCUUGAAUUCCUCGUCAAAUCAGGAGCUUGCUUCCUCAGCUCGGCUACCGAGCCGUGUGAUUAACAACCCCUCCUCGCGAAGCGCUCCAGAGGCGGAAAAACCAUCGAAGCCACCACCGUACGCCCACACCAACGGCUCUAAAGCGACUGAUGAGCCAACCGAAACUCGUCAAGAGAAGUCUGGAGACGCUACUCCAGAUCGCGAGAGCGCCAAUCGAGCGCAAUCAGACGGGCUGCCAAAAAUUCGGCAGGUGUCCGAUGACCCUGAUUCGGCGUCUUCGGCGGAGCUCACCAAGGAGGAGGAUCUAAGUCACUCGACCGGGAAGACUCGAAAUGCUUCUAUCAUCAAAAACUUACCCCCAGGUAUUGAUGAAGUAGCGGCCAAGCAAAUCCUCAACGACAUAGUCGUUCAGGGAGAUGAGGUUCACUGGGGAGAUGUUGCCGGCUUGGAGAUAGCCAAGAAUGCGCUCCGGGAAGCAGUUGUCUACCCGUUUCUGCGGCCGGAUCUAUUUAUGGGACUUCGGGAGCCGGCUCGGGGCAUGCUGCUCUUUGGCCCACCGGGAACAGGAAAGACAAUGCUCGCGCGCGCCGUGGCCACCGAGUCCAAGUCUACCUUCUUCUCCAUCUCGGCAAGCAGCCUAACAAGCAAGUAUCUAGGAGAGUCGGAGAAGCUCGUCAAGGCUCUGUUUGGUCUCGCCAGGGCGUUGGCGCCCAGCAUCAUCUUCGUCGAUGAGAUUGACUCUUUGUUGUCGCAGCGAUCCGGUUCAGGGGAGCACGAGGCAACGAGGAGGAUCAAGACCGAGUUCCUCAUUCAAUGGAGCGACUUGCAGCGAGCAGCGGCUGGAGUCCUCGUACUGGCCGCCACAAACUUGCCGUGGGCAAUCGACGAGGCCGCCCGACGAAGAUUUGUCCGACGACAGUACAUACCUCUUCCGGAGCCCCGUACUCGAGAGACACAACUUCGCACCUUGCUGGGGCAGCAGAAACACAGUCUCGCGUCAAAUGACAUACAGAAACUAGUGAACUUGACGGAAGGCUUCUCAGGAUCCGACAUCACGGCACUGGCGAAAGACGCCGCCAUGGGCCCAUUGCGGUCGUUGGGUGAGGCUCUCCUGCACAUGACCAUGGACGAGAUUCGGCCAAUUAUGCUGCAGGACUUUGAGGCAAGCCUCGGCACGAUCAGGCCAAGCGUCAGUAAAGCUGGACUGAAGGAGUACGAGGACUGGGCCAAGGAGUUCGGUGAGCGAGGGGGCUGA